ACCCGCGUUGCCUAUAUAAACCACUCACAGUGAGCGUCUUCUUCCUCAAUUUCUCUCAGCUUUCACUUUCCUCGCUUUCGCAUUGAACAUUGCACAGUGAGAGAAGAAAAUGGCUCUAAACAUGGCGGAAGCCCUAGAAACCGUAAUCGAUAACGCUCAAGAAACGGAUUACUCGUACGAACCAGAGGAAGAUGACAUCGAUCUCUCUCUCCUUCGUCUCAACAGCUUCGGGAGGUCCUCCGAUCGAUGCCGCGCGAACUCGUCUCCUCCGCAGUUUCAAUCGUACGGAUCUUUCGGAUCUUCUUCAACCGCUGCCACCAGCCCCGUGAAACGCCCAUCGCCGGAGUCGAAGGAAGCCGACGAGCCCAGGCGCAAGAAGCUGUUUCUUCCCCGACCUGAGGAAGACGAAAGGAUGUCUAAUCUCAUGGGCUAUUCGAAGGUUCCGCUUCCCAUGGAUUGCAAUCCGACGCGAAUCCGUUCGUCUCCUAUCUACAAGCGAUCUCUAUCCGAUACGUUUGCUUCUCCCGGUAUAUCCACAUUCGGGUCGGGUUAUACCCGAGACGGCGUCGCUCAAGAAACAACACCCUCGGGUAAUAUCGUCCCUUCUCUUCCGCCACGGCCACCGAUGUUUCGGAGGUCCGUCUCCGAUGUUUCGCCGUCACCUUAUAAGACUCUUGGAUCUUCUCGCUCGACUGCAAUUCCUGAAGCUGAUUUUUCGAAUCCAGAAGCCUCUGAAGCUAACAAGAUGCUGUAUGUGAUCAAAGACGGAGUCCGUGAAUUGGAUCAAUGGUGUAACAAGCUCAUAAAGUACGGUGAAGCAGUCUCUUCUGUCAAGCAAGAUGACAGUCCUAAGGGAGAAGUUGAGUCACAAGAGGAGGAGCAGCAGAAAGAUUGUAAAGAAGGAGUUAAGGUGGACAGAGUCGGCGAGGCCUUUGUGGUUGAGAUCAACUGUCCCUGUGGAAGAAACUACCGAACUCUCUUCUCAGGCCGUGACUGCUACUACAAGCUCUUGUAGAAAUGGUUUGAGUGGAAAGAUCUCUCUCGUGCUGCAUAUUCAUCACAAAGCUUCUGUAGAUAAUACUAGCUAUACACAUUGUUCUAUACAUCACUGUUUCGUACACAUUGUUCUAUACAUCACUGUUUCGUACACAUUGUUCCAUAUGUCGCUGGUUCUUGCUUUGUAUAAGCUCUUCUAGGUAGCUCUUGUAGGUACUAGGGAAUAGCUAACACACAUUGUUGAUUGUUCCAUUGUAAUACUCUUGUUACCUCAUUCAUUGAAAUUGAAGUUUUGGUCUCUUUUGUGUUUGA